CUGCGUUAAAACAUCUUCUUCCGCGCCGAACUGCGCGCCGGGGCGCCUUCUCCUCUCGGCCGAGAACUGCCCAGCAUGAUGAAAACGUUGCGCAAAAAGAGCCGCCUCCGGGCCUCCGCCUCCAUGGCCAUUCCUGAGUUCAUCGUGGGCGGCGAGUACGAACACGUGGACACGGAGCGUGACGGCCCGAUGAUCCCCAGAGCUGCCGUGGAUGUCCGGAAUCUGGCCUACCACUUGCCUGGGAAGGGGCAUGCACACUUCAAGUUUGUGGAAUCGGACUGGUUUCAACUGCUGGUGGGCCUUGUGAUUGUGUGGAACAUUGUGAUUGCCUGGCAGCAAUACCUUCAUGGGAGCAAUGACUUCCUGGAGAAGUGCCAGAUCAUAAUUCUGUGUAUUUACGUGCUCGAGAUCAUCCUCAGAAUUUGGCACUAUGGCCGACGCUUCUUUUGCACCGUGUGUGCAGAGGCUAUGUGGAACUGGGGGGACCUGCUCAUCAUCGGCUUGGGCGUGUUCGAUGAAGUCUUGAUGUCCUGGCAGAACAAGGAAGUGCCGGGCUUGCGCGUCUUGCGGGCGCUCAGACUCCUCCGCAUCCUGCGGACGGUCACCAAGGUGUCGACAGAAGCCUUCGCAUGGGUGGAGUCGGGCUGGUUUCAGGGACUUGGUGCGAUGAUCAUCGCGCUGAACGCCGUGGAGAUGGGUGCGCGGAACGCCGGACCGGACGGUCCGCGGCUUCGGCAGGGAACGGCCGGCCAUGCGGCGGUGCACGCGGUGUUGCAAUCGUCUGGGGGAAGAUGAAUCGAAUCAAUAUCAGAGUCCACCAGGACCUUCA